UUUAAUGCCCGUUUGCAAAACGGUCCUGCACCCGAUUCCGGUCCGGGGAACUCAUUCCCCACAGGCAUUGCAUAACCAAACAGUGGGUGCUAUAUCAAUAGCACCGGAGUGAAUCAUCGCCUCAGAGCCCUCUUCUACGCUGCUUCUUGCCAAUCGCUUCCAAUCCUGAGAAAUCGAAGAGAAGGGAAGAGAGAGAGCAUCUCUGUCCCUUCCACAGCCCAUACUUUCUCCAAAUUCUCAGUUCGGCCCCGAACUCUCAAAAGUCUGUUGAAGCAGACCCUCUCCUUUUAGGACCAGAGGGCUCUGCUUCGAGAUCUUAAAUCUCUCAAUCCCACUCGAAGGGCCAGAACUAAACCCAACGACACGGAAUUAAAUCACUUGUGAUCUGUUCUCAAUUUGCGUGCGCCGAGAGUGAAUCUCUCAAGAUGGGUAUACUGUUUACGAAAAUGUUCUCGUCCCUCUUCGGCAACAAAGAAGCUCGGAUCCUCGUGCUCGGCCUUGACAAUGCCGGAAAGACCACAAUUCUCUAUCGGCUUCAGAUGGGGGAGGUUGUGUCUACGAUUCCAACAAUUGGAUUUAAUGUCGAAACGGUGCAGUAUAAUAACAUCAAAUUCCAAGUAUGGGAUCUGGGUGGACAAACAAGUAUCAGGCCAUAUUGGAGAUGCUAUUUUCCAAAUACGCAAGCCAUAAUUUAUGUCGUUGAUUCAAGUGACACAGACAGACUGGUCAUAGCCAAAGACGAGUUUCAUGCAAUCUUGGAGGAAGAAGAAUUAAGAGGGGCUGUUGUCCUUAUUUUUGCAAACAAGCAGGAUCUUCCAGGUGCACUUGAUGAUGCUGCUGUUACUGAGGCUUUGGAGUUGCACAAGAUAAAAAACCGUCAAUGGGCUAUUUUCAAAACUUCUGCUAUAAAGGGGGAAGGUCUCUUUGAGGGCUUGGACUGGUUGAGCAACACCCUCAAGUCUGGAGGUGGCUAACUCUUUCAGUUCCAGUAAAGAAUAGAGAAGCAUGGCCUGAUGAGCAGCCGAACCAAGAAGGGGUCACACCACUUAAUUCGUAUUGACUGGUGAUUAUUCAUGUCACAUGGACUUUUCUGAUUAAUAUACAUGUAACAUUUGUCAUCAUAGAUAUCACCAUUUAGCUCUUAUUUUUGCCGUGUCACUUUUUUCGGGGUUUUUAUUUUUUUUUAUUUUCUCUGUUAAUUGCUUACAUUUUGUUUUCAGCUUGUUCCUUUUCUUUUUUUGGGUUGUGUUCUGGGAUUCAAGGAGACUUUCAUUAAUCAACUAUCUACCUCAUUGCACAUUCAUUUGCUAUGUUUGUUCUGAAGAAAGGAUUUGAACUCCAAGUCUAUAUAUAUAAUCUUCUACUUUGCUCACGA